AUGGCAAAAGCCAUACCCGAUUUCGAACCAUUUAUAGUUUAUGGGAACGACACUUCAAGUUCUUCUAUUGCCACUCGCUGGAAAAAAUGGUUGCAACGUUUUAACAAUCUUAUGGUCGCUAUGGAUAUAUCGGCAAAGAAACGGAAACGUGCUUUACUUAUACACUUGGCUGGAUCACAAGUUUACGAUAUCUUUGACACAUUUACCGCCGAACAGAAAGGUUCUGAGGAUGAUUUUGACACCGCUGUGAAAUCACUUACAACUUAUUUCGAGCCUAAAAAGAAUACGGAGUAUGAAAUCUACAAAUUUCGCCAAGCUAGCCAACGCCAUGACGAAAAGCUCGAUUCUUACCACCCUCGCCUUCGACACCUUGCUUCCACGUGUGAAUUUGCAGACAUGGAUCGCGAAAUUAAAACACAAAUUGUCCAAACGUGCACGUCCCAACAGCUUCGACGAAAAGCCCUUCGUACUGAAAUGACUCUCCAACAACUUUUAGAUCAAGGCCGAGCCUACGAACUAUCACACCAACAAGCUCAGGAAAUGGAAAAUAACAACACAGAAUCAGUCAACCAGAUGAAAACUGCUGCAACACGAAAUUACUUUUCGAAGAACUUCAACUCACAACGUCAAGGACCAAGACAAGAAUCAACGAAACUAUGUUAUUUUUGCAGCAAACCCUAUCCUCAUCCUGGCGUAUGUCCAGCAAAAGGGAAAACGUGUCGACUUUGCGGGAAAUUGAAUCACUUUGCCGUCGCAUGCCGUUUAUCUCCACAAAAACAACAACAUCGCCACCAUGAAAGUGACAAACGUCAGACGGUUAAAUAUGUAAACGAAGAAAUCGCAAGUGACAAUACCAGUGAACACUCCGAGUCGGAUGAAUAUACGUUUAUGGUGCAAGAUACAGACGAAAAUACCAAACAUCCAAUGGUUAACUUACGAAUUCAAAACCUAGCCAAAGUUAAAUUCAUUAUUGACACUGGAGCGACAGUUAAUUUACUCGAAGAAAAGGAUUUUGAAGCCCUCAAACCGGAAAUAACAUUGCAACACAGUUCUAUCAACAUCUACCCCUACAAGUCCGAUAAACCCCUCCGUGUCCUUGGAAAGUUUACUGCUACUGUAGAAUCGCGGAAACGAAUUGAUGCUGCCGAGUUUUUUGUCGUUAGCAACAACGGUCGCCUUGGAGGUUCUUUGUUAUCCUACAAUACUGCAAAGCAUCUUGGUUUGAUUGCAAUUACUAACGCUGUGGACACUGCUAAGAACACAACUGUAUCCUGCAAUGUUGCAAUACCUGAGGAAUUAUUCAAUGGCGUUGGAAAAUUAAAAGAUCAUAAGGUGAAGCUACAUAUUGACGAAUCAAUUCCACCCGUUGCUCAAACCCAUCGGCGGAUACCAUUCCAUCUACGGAAACAGGUGGAGAAAAAGCUUGAAGAGAUGGAAAAGGAUGACAUCAUCGAGAAAACAGAAGGUCCAACGCCCUGGGUUUCUCCAAUCGUUGUUGUGCCGAAACCCAAAAGUCCAAACGAUGUUAGAAUUUGUGUGGAUAUGCGGGCUGUCAACAAGGCAAUCCAGCGAGAACGUCACAUAACCCCCACCAUAGAUGACGUCAUAGCAGAUCUAAAUGACGCUAAAGUAUUUUCAAAGCUUGUCCUCAAUCAAGGUUAUCACCAACUUGAACUCUCAGAAGAAUCACGCUAUAUUACCACGUUUAGCACCCAUGUCGGCCUGAGGAGAUAUAAGCGCCUUAAUUUCGGAGUAACCUCUGCAGCUGAAAUUUUCCAAAAUACUAUUCGAGAAACUCUUGAAGGUCUCAACGGCUGUAUUAACAUCAGUGAUGACAUCUUAGUCUAUGGAUCCAACCAAAAAGAACAUGACAACAACCUUAAAUCUGUAUUGGAACGUCUUCAGUCUCGUAACCUAACAUUAAAUAAGCUGAAGUGUGAAUUCAACAAAACCAGCGUUGAAUAUUUUGGAUAUGUAUUCUCAUCGCAGGGCAUUUCACCUGAUCCUCGCAAAGUGGAAGCUAUACGCAACUCCCAACCUCCAUCCAAUCCAAACGAAGUCCGAAGUUUUCUAGGUAUGGUCAACUUUUGUGCCCGAUUCAUCCCAAACCUUGCGACACUAGCUAAACCAUUACGAGACCUGACAAAACAGCAUGUCAAGUGGAAAUGGACCAGUACUGAACAACAUGCUAUGGACAGUAUCAAAUCCGUGUUAACCAGUGAAACAACAAUGGCUUAUUAUAAUCCCUCGCACAAAAUUGAAGUUCUUGUAGAUGCAAGUCCAGUUGGUCUUGGUGCUAUACUUGUCCAAUAUCCUACCACUAGAGAUCACAGUGCUUCGCCACGUAUUGUCAGUUAUGCCAGUCGGGUAUUAACUCCUGUAGAGACUCGCUAUUCACAAAUUGAGCGAGAAGCUCUGGCUAUUGUCUGGUCAUGUCAUAAAUUUCAUCUAUAUUUAUAUGGUACCCAAUUCUCUGUUAUUACUGAUCACAAGCCACUGGAACGUCUUUUCAACGACCCACAAAGCAAACCACCUGCUCGUAUUGAACGAUGGUUAUUAAAGGUACAACCAUAUCGUUUCAAUGUUCAGUAUCAACCUGGUUCUGACAAUCCAGCCGACUUUAUGUCCCGCCAUCCGUUGCCAUCAUCACCUACCAGCCAUGAGGAGAGAUGCGCUGAAGAAUAUGUUAAUUUCGUUUCAAUGCAUGCUGUUCCCAAGGCCCUUACGCUGGAAGAAAUCAAAGAAGCCACAAAAGCUGAUACCACAGUUCAAGCUGUCAUUCAAGCAAUUCAAACCAAACAGUGGCACAAUGCGAAACUCCAACCUCGUGUUGAUCGCAAGUCGGUAGAAUGUUUUUUUCACAUCCAAAACGAACUGUCAGUUAACAGUGAUCAAAGUCUCCUCCUACGUGGUACCCGUAUAGUCAUACCAAGUAAACUUCAAAACCAUGUGAUAGACCUCGCACACGAAGGCCAUCAAGGCAUAUCACGGACAAAACAACUCUUGCGUGAGAAGGUCUGGUUUCCGACCAUUGAUAAACAAGUGGAAGAAAAGGUUAGCUGCUGCUUAGCUUGCCAAGUCACAACAAACACAAGCAACAUUGAACCAUUACGUAUGCCUGAAGCUAGCAAGAAUCCAUGGGAAAGUGUAUCACUUGAUUUUUGCGGCCCGUUUCCCAGUGGUGAGUACUUACUUGUACUGAUUGAUGACUACUCACGAUACCCCGAAGUAGAUAUUAUUAGAACAAUAGCCCAUACAACUGUUAUUCCCUGUCUUGACAAAAUCUUUGCUACUCACGGAAUUCCCAGAACAGUUAAAUCGGACAAUGGCGCCCCAUUUAAUAGUACAGAAUUCAAACAGUUUGCUAAUUAUCUUGGUUUCCAACAUCAGCGUAUAACGCCCUAUUGGCCUCAGGCAAACGGAGAAGCCGAACGAUUUAUGAGAACAUUAAAGAAAACAGCUAGAACUGCCAAAGUUGAAGGCAGGUCUUGGAAACAAACCCUGUUUACCUUCCUCAGAAACUACCGAGCUACGCCCCAUAGUGUAACCCACCAGGCUCCUGCAACCUUGCUAUUCAAUCGUGCCAUAAAUGUCAAGUUACCCCAGUCACAAACUGUAGCACCAGCUGACCCAAACCAUCAACAAGCACUUGAUGCAUCGUGUAAGUCAAGACAAAAGAACAAGGUCCACUUUGACGAACGAAACAAAGCCAAAUCCUCUGAAUUCAAAGUCGGUGAUGCAGUCCUGCUGAGAAACUCAAAGAAAGGUAAAUUGCAGACCCCUUAUGAACAUCAGAAAUACCAAAUUGUUAAGAAGAAAGGAUCAAUGAUUACAGCGUCAAAUGACAAUCGCCAAGUCACUCGGAACUCGUCACAUUUUAAAAAGUUUAAAGAAAAGAAAGGUGAAACAGAUAACCCAGCAGAUAAAGAAGAACAGCCGAGCAAGCAGAACACCAAUGAACGCCCGAAAAGGAAAACAAAACCACCAGCCUACUUUGGCUAUAAACAGUCAGAUAAGUAA